AUGGCUGUCAUAAAAAGAGGAGCACGUAAGAAGGACGUCAAGGAGCCUAAGAAAAGAUCUGCAAAAAUCAAAAAAGCUACGUUUGAUGCCCAUAAAAAGAAAGAGGUAGGCGUUUCUGAUUUGACACUUUUGUCAAAAAUAUCUGAUGAGUCUAUUAAUGAAAAUUUGAAGAAACGGUUUAAAAAUGGAAUUAUUUAUACCUACAUUGGCCAUGUGUUGAUUAGUGUAAAUCCAUUCCGCGAUUUGGGUAUAUAUACAGAUUCUGUUUUAGAGUCCUAUAAGGGCAAAAAUAGACUAGAAGUUCCACCUCAUGUCUUUGCAAUUGCAGAGUCUAUGUACUAUAAUCUUAAAUCAUACAACGAAAAUCAAUGUGUCAUUAUUUCUGGUGAAUCAGGCGCUGGUAAGACUGAAGCAGCCAAGCGUAUUAUGCAGUAUAUCGCAGCUGCAUCUAGUAGCCAUUCAGAAUCAAUUGGGAAGAUUAAAGACAUGGUUCUAGCCACGAAUCCUCUCCUUGAGUCGUUUGGCUGUGCUAAAACGUUGCGGAACAAUAACUCGUCGAGACAUGGGAAGUAUCUGGAGAUUAAAUUCAACUCUCAAUUUGAACCUUGUGCAGGUAAUAUCACGAACUAUCUAUUAGAAAAACAAAGAGUUGUAAGUCAAAUUAAACACGAAAGGAACUUUCAUAUUUUUUACCAAUUCACUAAAGGUGCGUCUGAUGCAUAUAGACAAACAUUUGGCGUACAGAUGCCCGAACAAUACAUAUAUACAGCUGCGGCCGGCUGUACUUCUGCAGACACAAUUGAUGAUGUGAAGGAUUACCAAGGGACCUUAGAGGCUAUGAGAACUAUUGGUUUGGUCCAAGAAGAACAGGAUCAAAUAUUCAGAAUGCUGGCAGCAAUUCUAUGGAUUGGUAACAUUUCUUUUAUAGAAAAUGAGGAGGGAAAUGCUCAAGUAAGAGACACAUCGGUGACGGAUUUCGUUGCAUAUUUGCUACAAGUUGAUGCCUCAUUAUUGAUAAAAUGCUUAGUCGAAAGAAUUAUGCAGACUAGUCAUGGAAUGAAAAGGGGCUCGGUUUACCAUGUGCCUCUAAACGCAGUUCAAGCAACAGCUGCGAGGGAUGCUCUUGCAAAAGCAAUCUAUAAUAAUUUAUUUGACUGGAUCGUUGACAGGGUUAAUCUAUCUUUGCAAGCCUUCCCUGGUGCCGAUAAGUCAAUUGGAAUUCUGGAUAUUUAUGGUUUCGAAAUUUUUGAGCAUAACUCCUUUGAGCAAAUAUGCAUCAAUUACGUUAAUGAAAAACUACAACAGAUUUUUAUUCAAUUAACUUUAAAAGCUGAGCAAGAUACUUAUGAAAGAGAAAAAAUCAAAUGGACACCUAUCAAGUAUUUCGAUAAUAAGGUUGUCUGUGAUUUGAUCGAAGCGAAAAGGCCGCCGGGAAUCUUUGCUGCGAUGAAUGAUUCCAUUGCAACCGCCCACGCGGAUUCUAAUGCCGCUGAUCAAGCAUUUGCUCAAAGACUAAACCUAUUUAAUUCAAAUCCUUAUUUUGAAUUGAGAGCGAACAAAUUCGUCGUUAAGCAUUAUGCAGGUGAUGUCACAUAUGAUAUUGAUGGUAUCACUGACAAAAACAAGGACCAACUCCAAAAGGACCUGAUCGAGCUAGUUGGCACAACUACAAAUAGGUUUCUUUCUACGAUGUUUCCAGACGAUGUUGAUAAGGAUUCAAAACGACGUCCCCCAACUGCAGGUGAUAAAAUCAUCAAAAGCGCAAAUGAACUGGUAGAAACUUUGUCAAAGGCCGAACCAUCUUACAUUAGAACAAUCAAACCAAACCAAACUAAAUCGCCAGAUGAGUAUGACGAUUAUCAGGUGCUUCACCAAGUGAAGUAUUUGGGUUUGCAGGAAAAUGUUCGUAUCAGAAGAGCGGGUUUUGCGUAUAGACAAACUUUUGAAAAGUUUGUCGAAAGGUUCUAUUUACUGUCUCCUGAUUGUUCAUAUGCAGGUGAUUACACCUGGGAUGGUGAUACCCUUGAAGCAGUUAAAUUAAUCCUGAGAGAUGCGUCGAUUCCAGGAAAGGAAUUUCAGCUUGGGGUAACGAGCGUGUUUAUUAAAACUCCGGAAUCCCUUUUUGCUCUGGAAGACAUGCGGGAUAAAUAUUGGUUCAAUAUGGCAGCUAGAAUUCAACGGGCAUGGAGAAGAUUCUUGCAGAGACGUAUUGACGCUGCGAUUAAGAUUCAGCGUACUAUUAGGGAGAAAAAAGGUGGUAACAAGUAUGAAAAGCUUCGUGACAGUGGUACCAAACUCUUAGGUGGUAGAAAGGAGAGAAGAUCUAUGUCACUGCUUGGAUAUAGAGCUUUCAUGGGUGAUUAUCUGUCUUGUAAUGAGUCCAAAACAAAAGGUUCAUAUAUCAGAAGACAAGCGGGGAUCAAGGAGAAAGCUGUUUUUUCGAUGCAAGGGGAAUGCUUACAUUCAAAAUUUGGCAGGUCAGCUCAAAGGUUAAGAGCAGUAUUUAUCUUAACAAAGAAGGCACUUUAUAUUGUUGGACAAACACGAGUACAAAAUGCCAUGAAAUAUACACAGGAUUAUGGAAUCGAUAUCAAUAAAAUCAGACAAGUGAAUUUAACGAAUCUUCAAGACGAUUGGAUUGGUAUCAUUCUCGCUAACAGUACACAACCUGAUCCAUUUAUUAAUACACCUUUCAAGACGGAAUUGGUCACGCGUAUGAAGAAAUUGAAUGAAAAGAUAAUAAUUAAUGUAAGUCCUACGAUUGAUUACCACAAACAACCUGGUAAAUCUCAUACUGUUCGUUCGAAAAUCAGCGACUCAGCACCAAAAUAUAGUGAUAUUUAUAAGUCUAGUACGAUCUUUGUGCGUCGCGGGCACCCUCCUAAUUCCAAGUCGAACAAGAAACCUAAGAAUCCAGGUGGGCUUGAGGGAAGGCCGAUCAAAAGCAAAAAAAGUAACCAUACACACACACAUAAACACAAGCAUAGUCAUAGAUCUCAGGGAAAGGCUCAAAAAAAACAACCGUUGCCUGCGCAAAAGUUAAAAAGCAAUCCGUUGUCCCUGGCGGCUACAGCUGCACAAGCAGCAUACAACCCUAAACCAGCUUCUAGUAGCAAAACCGUGACCCCCAAAUCUGCUGCAAAAGCAAGCUUAACGAAUACCUCAAAGCCCUCUUCUAAGGAAAGAACCCAAGCAAAAAAUGUCUCUUCGAUUCAUAAAUCAUUAUCAAGUAAAGGAACGAAAACACCAGUGCCACCUCCAAAAAAGGUAGAUGGAAGUCAAAAACCGUUAAAGGAAAAAACCUCAAAUAUUCCAGUUCCACCUCCCCCUCCUCCUAUGGGUGAACCUGAAGAUCCAAAAUUUGAAGCCGCAUACGAUUUCCCAGGUUCUGGAUCUGCUUCAGAGUUGCCAUUGAAAAAGGGAGACAUUAUAUACAAAAGUAGAGACGAACCCAGCGGUUGGAGUUUAGCCAAACUUCUUGAUGGAAGCAAAGAAGGUUGGGUUCCGACUGCAUAUAUUACGGCAUGUAAAGGGAGUACAAAAAUAGCACCCACCCCGGUAGCAACAAAUAGCCCUGCAAACCAGGAAUCGAGCCUCUUUAGCAGUAGCAUCCCAACAGCGCAAGAAAAUGUGACAAUAGAAACUGUUCAAUCCACUGGUAAUGCAGAAAAUAGUCCCAUGGGAGAGUUUAGUGAUGGUUUGGCUUCCGCAUUGGCAGCAAGAGCGAACAAAAUGCGGACGGAAAGUGCUGACGAUGACAGUGAAGGAGAUGAAGAGGAUGAUUGGUAA